ACAACAAUGGCCAUUACACAAGAGAACGCCAGAAGAAGAGAGAAGAGGAGAAUAACCCUCAAACCCCAUUUCAACUUCCUCAGAGAGAGACUGUUUCAGACGCCACUUCUUCCUCAUACAGAUACAGAGGUGCAAAGGAAAAUUAAAGCUUGCAAAUUUAUCAAUACAGAAGAAGAUCUGUGAUUUUUUCCUCUUUUUGUUGUUGUUUGCUGAAGAAAACACAUACCCUUAAUCUCUCAGCGUCAAUUUGUAUCAUUAAUAUCUGUUUGCAGAGGAUUGUUUCUUCAGAGACGCAGAUCUUGAGGUUGGAGGCAAUCCUUCACGGUUUGGUAUGGAGACCGAAGAGAGGAACCAGAAAGGGUGCAAGGGUUCGGAGCCAGAGUUUUUCUUGCAGUGGGGGCACAGGAAGCGGCUGAGAUGUGUGAGGGUGAAGGACCCUCGGAUUUCAACGAGGCUCAACGGUGGAAUCAGAAGGAAACUUGGUUCUACACUGGAUCAUCGUUCUGGGGUCUCUGGGGUCACUGUGGCCGAGAAAGAAACCUCUCAUAAUCAUCAUCAACAACCCAAUCGCCUCACGAGGAAUUCCGAUGGGGCGAUUCUCCGGUCUUUGGUCGGCGAGACCAGGAAAUCAGCGUCGCCUGAGAAGGAGGACCGGUACUACACGACAAGGGGUUCGGCGGAGGAGAGCGGAAAAGUAGCCGGCGACGGUAACAACGGCGAGGAACGAGCCCUAGUGUGGCCGAAGCUUUACAUCACUCUUUCAAGCAAGGAGAAAGAGGAAGAUUUUCUGGCCAUGAAGGGUUGCAAGCUUCCUCAGCGACCCAAAAAGAGGGCGAAACUCAUCCAAAGAAGCUUACUUUUGGUGAGCCCUGGUGCGUGGUUGACUGAUAUGUGCCAAGAGAGAUAUGAAGUGAGGGAGAAGAAAAGUAACAAGAAGAGACCAAGAGGGUUGAAGGCCAUGGGAAGCAUGGAGAGUGAUUCUGAAUGAUGGUGAAAGAACUAGAGGGGGAAGGAAGAAAAAAAAAGCCCUUUUAAGCUCUGAAUGUUUUGGAGAUGAUGUUUCCAUUGAAGAAGAUGAAGAUGAUGAUUCAAGUUUUUUUAUAUUUGUGUGGCAUGUAUGUUGCCCCCUUCUCAUGUUUUUCUUUUUGUAAACGAGUAAGAUCCGAUCCGAUCCAUUUCAAUUAAUUAAGAAAAUUAUUUUUCUCACCUUC